AUGGGUGCAUGUGAAGGAUCUUUAGCAUGUUCAACAUGUCAUGUUAUUGUUGAUCCUGAAUAUUAUAAUAAAUUAGAAGAACCCACAGACGAAGAAAAUGAUAUGUUAGAUUUGGCAUUUGGUUUAACAGAAACGCUAGGAUGUCAAAUAGUUAUGAAGAAAGAAUUGGAUGGAAUAACUGUAACAAUACCUUCAGCAACAAGAAAUGUAAGAUUAGAAG